AUGCUAGCAUUCAAUUUUAACCUAAUUUCUUUUCUUAUAUACAUCCGUCAUCCACCAGACCCUUCUAAUCACCCUGACUUCAUCUUCCUCCCUCUGCCGGACAAAUUAUCCGACACCGGCGGCUCUUCCGACUUCAUUCGGUUCUUGCAAGCUCUAAACGAUAACUGCAAACCCCAUUUUCAGAAACACCUCAUCCAGAUCAUAGAUGCACAAAAGGCCUCAUCUCAAAAGGAAUCAAUCGUUAUCAUCCAUGAUAAUCUCAUGUUUUGUGUCGGAUCAAUCGCCGGCGAUCUGGGUCUACCCUCCAUCAUAGUGCGCAGCAUCAGUUCUGCAUCAAGUUCCGAUUCCGAUUCGGAGUCGGACGUCGAAGCUCAAGCUGCUCUCGAAUUACAAACCCUAGAAACGGAACUCUCGACAAGGAGCAGCGAAGCAGCGGCGCAGGUGAGGUUUUCGGAGGUGUUUGCUUGA